AUGUUCGUCUCGUGGGCGCUGCGCUCGUUCCGCGACUCCUUGAUCCAGGUCGACCCGCUUGCGGCCGCGAUUUCGCAUAAGGCCCAGAAGAAGCCGCUGCCCUCCGUCAGCAAGACACCGCUUCUACUUCAAUUUACACCGUUUGGAGCCGCGACGCUAGAAACACUUUUUGGCCAUCAGCUGUUGAUCGAACAUCUCCCAAAUUACCUCAAGCUCGCGAUUAUCGAUUUCUUU